AUGCAACUUUUCGGAUGGGCCAUCCUGUGUUGUUUCUUGGCAAUCACGACAGGCAAAUAUCAAGAAGAUUCGGAUGAUGAAUUAGAUACUGCCCUUCGAGACGUGUUGCGUUCAAAGAAAAGCAAUGAAAUGUUUCUUAGUAAGAAGCGCAAUGAAGGCUUGAAACGUGCCGGAGAGGCGCCCACACGAAGUAAAGUUGACAAAUACGCCGGAUUGGAAAAGCCCGUUCGUAUCGCUUUAUUCAACGCUGGCGAUUAUUUUGCUUAUUUGAAACUGAAUUUCAUCCUCAAUAAUCUCCAAGAUGAACAAGAAAUAGCUGUACCGAUUGAAAGGGAUUUCGAACGAGAUUUACUCCUUCCUCACAAUGCUACACAUAUCCGCAUACGUGUCGACAUUGAAGGUUAUUUAAAAGAUCAACAUUUUAUUGAUCAACAAUUUCGUACACUGGAUAAUAUUACCGAAAUCUGCUAUUUACUCGCUGGCGAUCGUAACCGGCCAAUCUAUGGUCUAUGUGCUUUUCCAUUUUCACAAUAUUAUCAAUUGUGGCAAGGAUCGCGUUGA